AUGCAACUACGCCCAAGAAAUAAAAUAAUAAAUCCAAAAACAUCGAACAGUAUACCAUCAACGUCUCUGCCACCGAUUAGUAAGGUAUCCACAGCAACACCACCAACUGAUUUUGAUAUUACAAAAUUAAAAAUGGAACAACAACAGGAUACAGUCAUCCUCGAUAAAAUCAAAGAAAUCAAGCAAGAUCCAACCACAUUGUCGUAUGAGGUAGUCGAUGGUCUUUUAUACAAGAUUGCGCCCAGAAAGAGUGCCAAGAACAUCAAAUUACCAUAUCUACCACAAUCAAUGAUUCCAAGAGUCAUGGCUGCUUAUCAUGAUCAUCCAACAAGUGGACAUUUUGGCAUAAGACGGACAUGGCAUAAAUUAAAAGAUCGAUAUUUCUGGUCCAAUAUGAUGUCAACAAUCGAAAAUUAUAUUAAGUCAUGUGAAAAAUGUGCCAAAUUUAACAUCCGAAGAACUAAAGCACCAGGUAAAUUACACCCUAUUACACCAUCCGAGGGUAUAUUCGAAACAAUUGGAAUGGAUUUUUGGGGUCCAACACCUCAUCCAUCGACUGAAGGAAACAGGUAUGUGUUGGUAGUAACGGAUUAUUUAUCAAAAUAUGUCAUAGCCAAAGCCAUGCCAAACAACACAGCAGCAACAACAGCACAAUUCAUCGUCGAAGAUGUUAUCUUGAAAUAUGGUGUACCCAGAAAAUUAAUUACAGAUCAAGGAUCACACUUUAAGAACGAAUUGAUGGGCAGUAUUACUCGGCUUUGUGGAUGCAAACACGUCUUUGCAACAACAUACCAUCCCCAAACAAAUGGACAGGUUGAACGUUUCAAUGCAACCUUUUAUCCGCAAUUGGCAGAAUUACAUGAUGAAAAUGUUAAUGAUUGGGAUGCAUACUUAACCGCAUGUGUAGUUGCCUACAACACUGGAGUUCAUGCGACAACUGGGUACUCACCAUUUCAACUGAUGUUUGCUCGCCAACCCGUUUUACCCUUUGAUGCACCAAAAGCAGUAAUCGUAUUAACAAAGCCAAAUGAUUAUUGGACACAAAUCAAUCGAUUAAUGAAUAGCUACAAAAGGAGUGUAAAGUACAACAUCAAUUACCAACAACAGUUGACGAAACGACGUUAUGACAAGGGACGUGCCAAUCCAAUUUAUCAUCCAGGUGAUUUAGUAUUUAUCAAACAGCAUGGUAAACGUCCAAAAUUCGGUGAAUUAUAUUCUGGACCAUACAAAGUGAUACAACAACAACAUCCACUCGCAUAUUUAGUGGAAGAUGAAGAAUCAUCAAUUCAAGAACAGGUUCAUGUUAGCAGAAUACAACCUGUCGAUCAGAAAUGA